AUGCAAGUGCGCCUCUCACUGAAGACUUGGGAGGUACCUUGCAGACGGUCGUCCACGGGCACGAUUGGCAUCAUGUUCCAUCACGUCUGUGCCUGCUGGGUGCCAUCGUCACGACGCUACAACACGACAGCAUCACCGUCAGAGUAUUCGACAAGUACAGCAGGAGAACCGGCGUCCCUGCGGCCUCCUACCUGA